AUGCUCUACGCGACAUUUGCCAUCCGGGCACCCUCGUCCUUGGCCAAAAUUGGCCCGGGCUUUGACGUCACCGGGCUCGCCCUCUCCCUCUACCUCGAGCUACGUCUUCAUCGACCGCUCGAAGACGUCGUCCGACCACCCGCUCAAUUUCAGAGUCAGCUACGAGGGCGAUGGCGCCGACAGCCUGCCCCUCGACCCCCAGGCAAACCCCAUCGCCCGCGUCGCCUUCUAUGUCCUCCGCCGCCACGGCCGGCGCGUCUUCCCGUCGAGACCCAUGUCCACGUCAUUAACCCUAUCCCCCUCGGCCGAGGGCUACGCUCCUCGGGAGCCGCCGUCGUCGCCGGAGUUAUGCUCGGUGGGGAGGCCGGUGGGCUGCAUCACCUCGCUGACGAGCGUCUCUUUGACUUUUGCUUUAUGAUUGAGCGCCACCCGGACAACAUUGGCGCCACCCUCUUUGGCGGUGUCGUCGGCACUUAUCUUAAGCCCUUGAGCCCAGAGGAUGUCGCCCGAGUCGAGAUCCCGCUGAGCGGGGUCAUACCCGACCCGCAGCCGGCCGGCACCGAAGACACCGGCAAGCAGCCCCCAGAACCGCCCGUGGAAAUCGGCCACCACAUCCGCUUUCCCUGGGCAAAGGAUAUCAAGGCCGUCGCCAUCGUCCCAGAGUUUGAGGUCCCCAUCGCGCCACCUCGAGGGGUCCUGCCCGAGACGUAUCCCAGACAAGACAUCAUCUUCAAGCUCCAACGCAUCGCCUUGCUUCCCGUAGCCUUCGGCCAGUCCCCUCCCGACCCAGACCUGAUUUACCUGGCCAUGCAGGACAAGCUACAUCAGCAGUACCGGAUGGGUCUGGUCCCCGGUCUCACUGGCGGUUUGUUGGGCGUGUGUCUCUUCGGCUCGGGCCCCACCAUCCUCGCGCUGGCCAUGGACAGCUUUGAGGAGAUUGCGGAGCGUAUCAUUGGGUUGUUCCGCAAGCAGGAUAUUACUUGCAAGUGGUUGCCGCUGGAGCCAGCAGAGGGGACCAAGGUGAUUCGGUAG